AUGGUCUGUGCUCGAAGCAUCGCUAUGGAGCGUGUGUUGCAGCUGACCGUGAAGCUGGAUCUGUUCUGUGCCCUGUGCACGCUCCUGAUCCUCGGCCCCAAAGCCAUCUCUGCCGCGGACAGUGCGAAAAACUCCCAGUGCCACAACUACGCGGGAGGACACGUCUAUCCCGGGGAGGCUUUCCGUGUGCCAGUGUCUGACCAUUCUCUGCACCUCAGCAAAGCGAAAAGAAACUAUUACAUUGGAUAG